UGACUUUGGACUUGAGCACCGCCUGGGACCUGUGCUGAGAGAGCUCUAGCAUGUCUCAGUGGAAUCAAGUCCAACAGUUAGAAAUCAAGUUUUUGGAGCAGGUGGAUCAAUUCUAUGAUGACAACUUUCCUAUGGAAAUUCGGCAUCUGCUGGCCCAGUGGAUUGAAAAUCAAGACUGGGAGGCAGCUUCUAACAAUGAAACCAUGGCAACGAUUCUUCUUCAAAACUUGUUAAUACAACUGGAUGAACAGUUAGGUCGUGUUUCCAAAGAGAAAAACCUACUCUUGAUACACAAUCUAAAAAGAAUUAGGAAAAUCCUUCAGGGAAAAUUUCACGGAAAUCCAAUGCAUGUAGCUGUGGUUAUUUCAAACUGUUUAAGGGAAGAGAGGAGAAUAUUGGCUGCAGCCAACAUGCCUGUCCAGGGGCCUCUAGAGAAAUCCUUACAAAAUUCUUCAGUUUCAGAAAGACAGAGGAAUGUGGAGCACAAAGUGGCUGCCAUUAAAAACAGUGUGCAGAUGACAGAACAAGAUACCAAAUACUUAGAAGACCUGCAAGAUGAAUUUGACUACAGGUAUAAAACAAUUCAGACAAUGGAUCAGAGUGACAAGAAUAGUGCCAUGAUGAAUCAGGAAGUUUUGACACUGCAGGAAAUGCUUAACAGCCUCGAUUUCAAGAGAAAGGAGGCUCUCAGUAAGAUGACCCAAAUCAUCCAUGAGACCGACCUGUUAAUGAACAACAUGCUCAUCGAAGAGCUGCAGGACUGGAAGCGGCGGCAGCAGAUCGCCUGCAUCGGGGGUCCGCUCCACAACGUGCUCAACCAGCUGCAGAACUGCUUUACACUAUUGGCAGAAAGUCUUUUCCAACUCAGAAGGCAGUUGGAGAAACUAGAGGAGCAAUCUACCAAAAUGACAUAUGAAGGUGAUCCCAUUCCGAUGCAAAGAACUCACAUGCUAGAAAGAGUCACCUUCUUGAUCUACAACCUUUUCAAGAACUCAUUUGUGGUUGAGCGACAGCCAUGUAUGCCAACCCACCCUCAGAGGCCGUUGGUACUUAAAACCCUAAUUCAGUUCACUGUAAAACUAAGGAAUGUUUCAACUCUAAGCAACCGAAGAUUUGUACUUUGUGGAACUAAUGUCAAAGCCAUGUCUAUUGAAGAAUCUUCCAAUGGGAGUCUCUCGGUAGAAUUUCGACAUUUGCAACCAAAGGAAAUGAAGUCCAGUGCUGGAGGUAAAGGAAAUGAGGGAUGUCACAUGGUGACUGAAGAACUUCAUUCCAUAACCUUUGAAACACAGAUCUGCCUCUAUGGCCUGACCAUGGAUUUGGAGACCAGCUCAUUGCCUGUGGUGAUGAUUUCCAAUGUCAGUCAGUUACCUAAUGCUUGGGCAUCCAUCAUUUGGUACAACGUGUCAACCAACGAUUCCCAGAACUUGGUUUUCUUUAAUAAUCCUCCACCUGCCACAUUGAGUCAACUAUUGGAGGUGAUGAGCUGGCAGUUUUCAUCGUACGUUGGUCGUGGCCUUAAUUCAGAUCAACUCAAUAUGCUGGCAGAGAAGCUUACAGUCCAUUCUGGCUACACUGAUGGUCACCUCACCUGGGCCAAGUUCUGCAAGGAACAUUUACCUGGUAAAUCAUUUACCUUUUGGACAUGGCUUGAAGCAAUAUUGGAUCUAAUUAAGAAACACAUUCUUCCCCUUUGGAUUGAUGGGUAUGUCAUGGGCUUUGUUAGCAAAGAGAAAGAACGGCUCUUGCUGAAGGAUAAAAUGCCUGGUACCUUUUUAUUAAGAUUCAGUGAAAGCCAUCUUGGAGGAAUAACUUUCACCUGGGUGGACCAUUCUGAAAAUGGGGAAGUGAGAUUCCACUCUGUAGAGCCCUACAAUAAAGGCCGAUUGUCUGCUCUGCCAUUUGCUGACAUCCUGCGAGACUACAAAGUUAUCAUGGCUGAAAACAUUCCUGAAAACCCUCUGAAGUACCUAUAUCCUGACAUUCCCAAAGACAAAGCUUUCGGCAAACACUACAGCUCCCAGCUUGGUGAAGUUUCAAGACCAACAGAAAGAGGAGACAAAGGUUAUGUUCCUUCUGUUUUUAUCCCCAUCUCAACAAUCCGAAGUGAUUCAACGGAGCCACAUUCUCCAUCAGACCUUCUUCCCAUGUCUCCAAGCGUGUAUGCAGUGCUGAGAGAAAACCUGAGUCCCACAACAAUUGAAACUGCAAUGAAAUCUCCUUAUUCUGCUGAAUGACAGAAUAAACUGAAAAACCAAGAAAGGAAGCAAAUGAAAAAGUUUAAAGACUGUUCUUUGCUCAACAACCACAUUUUAUUUCUUCAGCUUUGUAAAUACCGGGUUCUAGGAAAUGUUUGACAUCUGAAGCUCUCUUCUCACUGUCAUGGCACCCCCCCAGUUGGGAGUGUUGUGACUGAAAUGCUAGAAACCAAAGUUUCAGAUAAACUUGCAAGAUAAGACAACUUUAAGAAACCAGUGUUAAUAACAAUAUUAACAGAAGACUUGCUUGCCUGUGUUUGGUUUAUUUCUGAUUUGUCUCUCUGGUGUUCCUUAUGAAUUUCGCUAGAAGAUGUAAAUAUUAAUGUUUCAGGGUGGGUCAAGAAUAACAAAGUCACACCUACACCUCAGCAGGAAGGCCUGAGAGAAAAGCCAAAUAAGCCAAUCAGUGUGAUGAGUGCUACCAGGCAGGGUGAUCACAGUAGAUCCAAGAUGAAAAUCAUGAUGGAACAUUAGCAGAAAUUCACAGGACAUCGAGGGCUGAAUUAUGAAGCCUCCUGAGUGCCAUGUCAACAUUAUCCCAACUAUGGGGUUCAACAGCUGCUGGUACCACAGGAGGAGGGAUCCAGAGUCAUUCUUGGCGGUAUCUUGGGCAAACUGCACUGAUUUUACAGGUAUUAUAAGCAGACACAUGGGUUAAAACAACAACUCAUGAAAUGAGGACUAGGAGAAUAACAGCUCUGGCCGCGGGUGACUGAUUUUAUUCAUAGAUUGUUCAUUCUUCAUCUGUAGAAGAGGUUAGACUAUGUGAGUUCUAUGAUCCUUCCCAGCUCUAAUAGUCUCUCUGGUCCCAUGAAUGCAACCUAAGACUAGGGAAAGAGGUUUAGAAUGACAAGUUCCAUUCCUUCAAUUUUCUCUAGUAAACAGGAAGGGUAGGUGGUUUCCUGGAUAGUAAUGUAUGUGAAUGGCAAGUCUAUUUUGGUCCUUGCCUCACCCCAACUGGAUGUUUAGUGGUGCAACUGCCCAGCUGCUGUCCUUAGUAACAGCAAGGAGCCCUCCAAUGCUCAAGAACUGGAGAGCUCUCUAUGCCUGCUGAGCCCUGGGGAUGUUGCUGCACCAGCUGAGGAAGUCAUCUACUGAGGCAUCUGCUGCGACCAGAUGCAGAAAAAUCCAGAACCAGGUUUCCAAGGUGAGCCCUGACUGCAGAGUCAGAGAAGGCAGCCCCCUCUGAAGGGCUCUUAUUUAAUUCCUUCUGCCCACCUCCAGUCCUCCAGACAAACCAAACAGGCAGAGGCUAAUGUUUGAUGGAAAAGAGUUCAAGGGAAAAAGUUUUUAGUAUAACCUGCCCUUUCACUUAGAGAGAUUCCAUCUAAGCAACCUCAUCCCACCCACAUGUGCCCAACUGGCUCCUAGAUUGUUCCUAUGGAACAAACUCUCCACCUCCUCCAAGGCCAGUUCCUUUACUCCUUUGUGAGCUCCCAAAUGCUUUUAGGGUGAAGGCAUCUGUUUGAUGGAAGGGUUCAUCUUACUGGAGGUGCAUCCUCCCAGUCUCUACUUCUCUCCACAAAACCCAGUUUUCUAAAAUUUGCCUGACGUGUGUGUGUGUGUGUGUAUGUGUAUAUAUAUAUAUAUAUAUAUAUAUAUAUAUAUAUGUAUGUAUCAACUGGCAGCAGAAUUGGAUGAAAUAAUGUAAACCGGAGCAUGACUAUUACAGUUUUAUCUUUAAAGAAGUAAUUUCCUACCAGGAAGUACUCUUAAACAAUUGGAUUUAGACAAAAAAAGAUUGCAGAAGCUCUUUGCUCCUUGGAAUUUAUCAAAAGUACAAUGGACUCCUACCUAUUUCACAGAAGUUUAAAAAAGCUUGUCAAUAUAGAGCCUGGUAGCAGAAUGUCAAGGUUUUCUAUGUGAUCAUAGUCAUCAUUGUUAUUUGGGGGUAGAAAAUAAAGGACAUCUGUAGUUCACUUUCUACAAUAUGGACAAUGGCCAUGUUAUAAAAGCUCAAUGAGUGGCUAUUUUUAUUUAGAUUCAGAGAACCAAAAUUAAUUGAUCCCAGAGUUAUUGACCCCAUAAUUACUGACCCCAGCUAAUUGGGGUUAAUUAAUUGAUCCCAGAGUUAUUGACCCCAAAAUUAUUGACCCCAGAGUUAAGAGUUAUUUCCCAAGAGUGUGAUUCUUGUGCUCUAAAAAUCAUUUCUGUGGGGGUGUCUUAUUUCAUUUUGUGUUGCUAUAAAGGAAUACCUGAAGCUGGAUAAUUCAUAAAGAGGUUUAUUUGGUUUUGCAGAGUAUACAAGAAGCAUGGAACCUGCAUCUGCAUGUGAGGCCCUUAGGCUGCUUCUACUCACUGCAGAAGGCAAAGGGAAGUUGGUGUAUGUAGAGAUCACACGGCAAGGGAGGAAGCAAGAGACAGAGUGCGGAGGUGCCAGGCUCUUUAUAAAAACCAGCUCUUACAAGAACCAACAGAGUAAGAAUUCAUUCGUGUCCCCCACCAUGGGAGGGUAUUAAUCUAUUCAUGCAUCCACUCCCAUGACACAAACACCUGCCAUUAGGUCUCACCUAACACUGGAAUCAAAUUUCAACAUGUGAUUUGGGGAGACAAACAUCCAAACUAUAGCAUUCCUCCUCUGGCCCCCCAAAACUCAUGUCUUCCUCAUGUUGCAAAAUAUAAUCAUCCCUUCUCAAUAGUUCCAAAACUCUUAACUUGUUCCAGCAUCAGCUUGAAAACCCAAAGACCCAUCUGAGACUCAAGGCAAAUUCCUUCCAAGUAUGAAACUCUAAAAUCAAAAACAAGUUGUUUCUUUCCAAGAUGUAAUGUUGGUACAUGUAUUGGAUAAACAGUCCCAUCCCAAAAGGAAGAAAUCCAUAAAAAAGGAGCAACAGUACCCAUGCAAGUCCAAAACCCAGGAGGACAGAUAUUAAAUCUUAAAGCUCCAAAAUAAUGCUUGACUCCACGUCCUGCAUCCUGGGUACACUGGUAUGAGGAGUGGGCUCCCACGAUCUCAAGGAGCCCUACUCCCAAGGCCACUGGCUGCUCUCACAGGCUCGAGUUGAAUGUCUAUAGCUUUUCCAGGCUGAGGUUGCACACUGCUGAUGACUAUACUUCUUGGGUCCUUGUAGCAUCAGCCCUAAUCCCAUGGCUCCACUAGGCAUUGCCCCAGGGAGACUCUCGCUGUGGCUCUGCCCCUGCAGCAGACUUCUGCCUGAGCAUCCAGGAUUUCCUAUACAUCCUCUGAAAUCCAGGUGGAAGCUGCCAAGCCUCCAUGACUUUUGUAUUCUGGGCACCUGCAGACUUAAUACCGUUUAGACACCAGCAAGACUUAUGGCUUAUGCCCUCCAGAGCUUCGACAUGAGUCCUACCUGGGGCCAUUGAGGUCAUGUGAGCCAUGGCUGUGCGAUCUGGAGUGGUGGAGAUAUGGGGAGCAGCAGACUGGUCACAGGGCAGCAGUCUCCAGGCCUGUCCUCCCCCCAAACCAUUCUGUCAUCCUAGGAUUCUGGGCCUGUGAUGGGAGGGUCAGCCUCAAAGGCAUUUGAGAAAAAGGCAUUCUGAAAUGCCUUCAAGGCCUUUUUCUAAUUUUCUUAACUAGUAACACCUGGCUCUGGUUUAGUCACAAUAAUCUCCUUAGCAAUGGUUGCUCUGUAGCACCCUCAGAUUCCUCACACCCUUGGAUUCCUUGCCUAAAAAUGUUCUUUCCUUCUCUAUCACAUGGCUAGUCCAUGAAAUUUCCAAAUUUGUAUAUUUUGCUUCCCUUUUAAUUACAAAUUACACUUUUCAGUCAUUCCUUAGCUCCCAUAAUUUAGCAUAGGCUUUUAAAAGUAGCCACACCACUUCUUGAGUACUCUGCUACUGAAAUUUCUUCUGCCAGAUACCCUAGGUCAUUAUUCUUAAGUUUAGCCUUCUAUAAAGUCAUAGGGCCUGAAUACAAUGCAGCCAAAUUCUUUAUUACCGUUUAACAAGGUGAUAUUUGCUCCAGUUUCCAGUAAGUUCCUCAUUUCCAUCUGAGAUUUCGUCAACAUGACCUUUAGAUUUCUAUCAGCAUUUUGGUCACAACCACUCAGUCAAUCUCUAAGAAGUUCCAAACUUCUUCUGAGUCCUCCAAGCUCUUCCAAACCUCUGCCUGUUACUCAGUUUCAAGCCACUUUCACAUUCACAAGUAUCUUUAUCGCAACCUCCUGUCCUCAGUGCCAAUUUUCUGUCUUAGUCUGUGCUGUGUUGCUCAAAAGGAAUAUCCGAGGCUUGGUAAUUUAUAAACAAUAGAGCUUUAUUUUGCUCAUGGUUCUGCAGACUACAAGAAGCAUGACACUGGUGCCCGCAUCUGAUGAAGGCCUUAGGCUGCUUCAAGUUAUGGAGGAAGGGGAAGGGAACCUGGCAUAUGCAGAGAUCACAUGGUGAGAGAGGAAGCAAGAGGGAGUGGGGAAGGCACCUGCCUUUCUUUAGCAACUAGCACUGUCAGAAACUAACAGAGUCAGAAAGCACUUACCUUUCCCACACCCAGAGGGUGCUAAUCUAUUCAUGAGAUCUGCCUCCAUGACCCAAACACCUCACAUUAGGUCCCACCUCCAACAUUGGAAUCAAAUUUCAACCUGAGCUUUGGGGAGACAAACAUCCAAACCAUAGCAGAGGGCAAUGAGGUUUUGUCAGGGGAGUCCUGGGGAGAUCUGUUUAGUUAAAGAUAAGGUGUGCUACAUGAGCAGGAGAUGCAAUGGGAAGGGAAUUUGGACCAUGUUUUGACCAAAUUCUACCCCAGGAUAUUUUUUUCUGCCUACUGUGACUUAGUCAAUUCGGGCUGCUAUAACAAAGUACCACAGGCUGGGUGGCUUAUAGAAAAAAAAAAAAACAACAGAUUAUUUCUCACAGUUCUUGGGGCUGGGAGUUUAAAAUCAGGGUGUCAGUCUGGUCUAGUUCUGCUGAGAGCCCUCUUCCAGGUUGCAGACUGUCAAUUUCUCAUUGUAUUACAGGAUGGAAAGACAGCUAGAGAGCUCUCCGAAGUCUCUUUUAGAAGGGCACUAAUCCCAUUCUUGAGGGCUCAGCCUCAUGAUCUAAUCACCUCCCCAAAGCUCCACCUCCUACUACCAUCACUCUGGGGACUAGCAAUUCAACAUACAAAUUUUCAGAGGGGAACACAAACAUUCAGUCGGUAACAAACUAGUGGCAAAUAAGCAGUAUUUAAUGAAAUUGAAACAAAACAUAGAUUUAGUUUCACUUCUCCUUUCACCCAUCUCAGAUCAAUCACAGAUAUACAUUUUGUUAAUGACUUUUCAAAUUUAAAAAAUCACUUUAAGCACUUGUACUAUGAAUGCCUUCAUCUGUAAUAAAUGCUGCAAGAAGGCCAAUGAAUUUCAUCAAAAACUAAGGUAGCAAGAACCCUACCCCACCAAAGCAUCAUAAAAAACAAAUAUACCUCUGGCAAAUUCAAAGGAUUUUUCUUUAACUCCACAGUUCAGGAAGCCCAUGCAACUCCCCACAGUAAAAGAAAAAGGAUUAAAGGUCAAGCCAUCCGAAUACUCUGCUCUAGCAGUAGACAGAGAGGCCACACAUACCAUUUGGCCUCUGUGUGCACAUGCUCCAAUAUCUGACAGAGUAAAGAAAGCUUUUUUCCAAAUUGACUAGGAACAUUUAUUGAUUUUGUUGAUGUACUUUUGAAAGUCUGGCUAAUUGACAUAUAAUUUACAUACAGUAAAAUUCACCAUUUUGUGUGU